CACAAGGGUGCUGCCUCCAAAAUGCCCUGUCUCAGAGUGGUGGAGUUGUGGGGAACACCCUUCCAAACAGCAAAGCCUCGGUUCCCACUUUUCAAACCUGAUGUCAUCUCCCAGCUGGAACAAGGGGAAGAGCCGUGGGCCCCAGAUUUCCAGGGCUCAGAGGAAAGAGAUCCUGAGAGGCAGCUGCAUGGCAGGUGAGGGGAUGGUGAGAGAGACUGUGGAGCAGACACCUCAGCAGGAAGAGGAGCAAGUGGAAGCACGUGGGGCGUUGUUGCAAAGAUGCAAAGGGAGUGUGUCCAGGAGUUGUGAGCAGGGAAAAGGCUCUCAGGGGCAGCACAGGCCAGAGAAGCGUCAGGGGAACCAGCCAGCGCAGAAAGUUGGAAUAUCUGUUGAUUAUCGGGAAACUCACAAAGGCCUCAAGGAAGCCACGGCCUGGCAGAGAAUCCUGACGGGAGAGAGAAAUAACACGGACUUUGAGUGUGGGAAAAAGUUCAGGAGGCACUUACACCAUCAGAAAAUCCACACUGGAGUGAGACCCUAUGGAUGCUGCGAGUGCGGGAAAACCUUCGCUGAGCGCUCAACCUUUAUUCGCCAUCAGAGGAUCCACACAGGGGAGAAACCCCAUGAAUGCUGUGAGUGCGGGAAAACCUUCGCUCAGCGCUCACACCUUAUUCGCCAUCAGAGGAUCCACACAGGGGAGAAACCCUAUGGAUGCUGUGAGUGCGGGAAAACCUUCACUCGGAGUUCAGGCCUUAUUCGCCAUCAGAGGAUCCACACAGGGGAGAAACCCUAUGGAUGCUGUGAGUGUGGGAAAACCUUCACUCGGAGUUCAGGCCUUAUUCGCCAUCAGAGGAUCCACACAGGGGAGAAACCCUAUGGCUGCUGUGAGUGCGGGAAAACCUUUACUGAGAGCUCGCACCUUAUUUGCCAUCAGAGAAUCCAUAGAGGGCAGUGCCCCUAUGGAUGCUGCGAGUGUGGGAAAACCUUCACUCAGCAUUCAAAUCUCAUUGCGCAUCAGAGGAGUCACACAAGGGAGAAACCCUAUAAAUGGUAUGAGUGUGGGAAAACCUUCUCUUGGCACUCAGCCCUUCUAAAACAUUGGAGGAGCCACACAGGUGAGAAACCCUACAACUGCCGGGAGUGCGGGAAAACCUUCAUUGACAGCUCACAUCUUACGUGCCAUCAGAGAAUCCACACCGGGGAGAACCCCUAUGGAUGCUGCGUGUGUGGGAAAACCUUCGCUCGGAAAUCUGGCCUUAUUACACAUCAGAGGAUCCACACAGGGGAGAAACCCUAUGAAUGCCGUGAGUGCGGGAAAACCUUCCAUCAGAGCUUUUCUCUUAUGCAUCACCAGAGAAGGUGCAAGGGAGAUAAACACCAUGAAAAUCUUGUCUAGGACUCGGGAAAGAUUUUUUUUCCCCCUUUUCCUAAUUCCGAAGUAGUGAACUUUAAGGCAGCAUUUGUGGCAUCUCAGCUCCCUCACCACUGGACACAACCUCCAUCACUUUUCCUAGUCUAACCAAUUUUGGAGCAUCACGUUUAUACUUUUCCUCCCACUGCAGUGAUUGUUAGUCACCAGGUUCCCCCAUUAGGGACAGAUUGCCUCGUUCCCAGAUUGCACUGGGUUCUGCUGAAUAGCAGUUGUCUUGUACCCUUUUUCCUCAAUGUAAAUAUAACAGAGAAGGCGCGGGGAUAGAGGGUGUGAUAAAGUGGGGAUUUUCCCUUGUUAUGUUGUAUGUGAGCCUAUGUGAGUUUUACAUGAAUACUGUGUGUGCCUCAGUGUCCCUGUGUGCUGCACCAAUACCUCGGUGGUGGGAAUCGGGGUGUGUGACUCCGACGAAGUGGGAAUGUUCUCAAUAUUUUCUUUGAAUACUGGGUGGGUGCCUCUGGGAGUGGGGAGUAUUGGCCUGGGAAGGUAGCAGGGGAGGUUUAUUGGGACUGGCUGCAUUGGGGAUGGGAGACUUUGCUUGAGGGAAGCUAUCUGAGCAUGUAACAUGAGAACCCAGGAGGGAGGUUGGAGCCAGGUGACACCUGUGCCCGAGAAACUGGACAGAGGCUGGGUGAGAGGCUGGAGGGAGGUUCAGUUUGGAGAUGGCUGGCGAAAUGGAGCGGAGCCAGGUGAGGCUCUGGUCUUCCUGCCUCCCCAGAAUGGACCUGGCCGAGGGGUCCCAUUCUCUGUACCUACAAGCUCUGUUUUAG